GAUUUCAGAGUGGCCUCCCUUAGAAAGAUGUCUGCGCCCAUAACAGUAUCAUCUGAGUUCUAUUCCAUAUAGAAUAUCAGUUAUUACUACAAAUAAUACAGCACCUUAGAUAAUCGCAUCUAGAUGUCAGAAGUAAUAGAAAAUGCUUUAGAACAGUCACCGAAAACUAAACGAACUCUAACAAGAACAGGAGCGGUGAUACUCGGUAUUUCUGGUGCAUGUUUUGUCGGCAUUUAUGCCGUAGCGGCACCAUUUCUCACACCGGCAUUACGAAAGGUGUGUUUACCUUUUGUCCCAGCAACUACAGACCAAGUCAAGAAUGUUUUUACGGUUUUGAAAGGACGAUCUGGCACACUAAUUGAUAUAGGCAGCGGCGACGGAAGAAUAGUGAUCGAAGCAGCUAAGCAAGGUUUCAAUGCUUAUGGAGUUGAGCUCAACUACUGGCUGGUUCUGUAUUCCCGAUGGACAGCCUGGAGGCAUGGCGUCAGUGGCACAGCACACUUCUUCAGGAAGGACCUCUGGAAGACUGAUCUGUCCAAGUACAACAACGUGGUUGUGUUUGGUGUGGAGAAGAUGAUGCCCCCUCUAGAGGCGAAGCUAAAGACGGAUCUGUGCAAAGAUGGACAUAUCGUAGCGUGUCGGUUUCCAUUCCACACAUGGGAGGCAAGUAGAACACAGGGCACAGGUGUGGAUACAGUGUGGAUGUACAAGCACUAGGACCUGUCCGACCACACAUACAGCAUCUACGAGGGGUGUGGAUACAGUGUGGAUGUACUAGCACUAGGACCUGUCCGACCACACGUACAGCAUCUACUAGGGGUGUGGAUACAGUGUGGAUGCACAAUCACUAGGACCUGUCUGACUACACAUACAGCAUCUACGAGGGGUGUGGAUACAGUGUGGAUGUACAAGCACUAGGACCUGUCCGACUACACGUACAGCAUCUACGAGGGGUGUGGAUACAGUGUGGAUGUACUAGCACUAGGACCUGUCUGACCACACGUACAGCAUCUACGAGGGUAGUGGAUACAGUGUGGAUGUACAAGCACUAGGACCUGUCUGACUACACGUACAGCAUCUACGAGGGGUGUGGAUACAGUGUGGAUGUACUAGCACUAGGACCUGUCUGACUACACAUACAGCAUCUACGAGGGGUGUGGAUACAGUGUGGAUACAGUGUGGAUGUACUAGCACUAGGACCUGUCUGACUACACAUACAGCAUCUACGAGGGGUGUGGAUACAGUGUGUAUGUACAAGCACUUGGACCUGUCUGACCACACGUACAGCAUCUACGAGGGGUGUGGAUGCAGUGUGGAUGCACAAUCACUAGGACCUGUCUGACUACACGUACAGCAUCUACGAGGGGUGUGGAUACAGUGUGGAUGUACUAGCACUAGGACCUGUCCGACUACACGUACAGCAUCUACAAGGGGUGUGGAUGCAGUGUGGAUGUACAAUCACUAGGACCUGUCCGACUACACGUACAGCAUCUACGAGGGGUGUGGAUGCACAAUCACUAGGACCUGUCUGACUACACGUACAGCAUCUACAAGGGGUGUGAUGCAGUGUGGACGUACAAUCACUAGGACCUGUCCGACUACACGUACAGCAUCUACGAGGGGUGUGGAUGCAGUGUGGAUGCACAAUCACUAGGACCUGUCUGACUACACGUACAGCAUCUACGAGGGGUGUGGAUGCAGUGUGGAUGCACAAUCACUAGGACCUGUCUGACUACACGUACAGCAUCUACGAGGGGUGUGGAUGCAGUGUGGAUGUACAAGCACUAAGAUCUCUCUGACCACUCUACUAAUGGCGGCCCGAUACACCUACCUCAUGAUACAAUACGUAUCCUGAUACUUUAUUUGUGCUGGUUAUCUGUUCCAUGGGACUAGCUGAAAAUAUGUCAUUGCUAUCUACAAGUUUGGAUUUAUUUUUAACUGUACUAUGAAAUCAGAUUCAGACGAUUGUUUUCUUCACGGGAAAACUAUACUACUCAACAUCUGUUAGGGAUAAAAAAUGUGUGUUCCUCGGCAAAUGUUGAUUAUUAUACUUAUUAUAUCUUCAGUGAAUUUGUGAUGAAUUAAUAAAUCGGUCAGUCAUGA